UGUUAUUUAAAGAAGCAAAAUGCCAACGCGGACCUCUGUUCUGUGAGCUGUUCUGUGGGAAGGAGGACCGUUCUGCUGCCAGAGAGCUGUUAUCAGAAAUCGGCCAUGAUGCUGCUGAGUUCACUGGCGUACCUGUACUUCCUGGCUGCCGCUGCUCUUGCCGUCCCUGCUCAGGAGAAGCGGGUCCAUCACCAGGCCGGUCUGAGCGACCACGUCCACGACGACAGUCAGAACUACCAGUACGACCAUGAGGCCUUCCUGGGCAAAGAGGAAGCCAAAACAUUCGACCAGCUGACCCCCGAGGAGAGCAAAGACCGACUGGCGAAGAUCGUGGACCGGAUCGACACGGACAAGGACGGCUACGUCACCCACCCAGAGCUGCACCAGUGGAUCAAGCACAGGCAGAGGAGGUACAUCGAGGAGAACGUCAACAAGCACUGGAAGGACUACGACGAGAACCGGGACGACAAGAUCGCCUGGGAAGAGUACAAGAACACCACCUACGGCUACUACCUGGGUGAGGAGUUCAGUGACGUUGAGGACAAAGACACGUAUAAGUCCAUGCUGGCCCGGGACGAGAGACGCUUCAAGGCGGCCGACAAAGACCGUGACGGCAUCGCCACGCGUGAGGAGUUUACCGCCUUCCUGCAUCCUGAGGAGUUUGACUAUAUGAAGGACGUAGUGGUGCAGGAAACUAUGGAGGACAUCGAUAAGGACGGUGACGGAAAGAUCAACCUAUACGAGUAUAUUGGUGACAUGUACACAAUGGAGGACGGCGAGUCGGAGCCUGACUGGGUCCAGACUGAGAGGAAACACUUUGGAGAGUUCAGAGACGUCAACAAGGACGGCUACCUGGAUGCUAACGAAGUGGCCCAGUGGGUUCUACCAGGAGAGGUGGACCAUGCUGACAACGAGGCCAAGCAUCUGAUCCACGAGACCGACACAAACAAGGACGAGAAAAUCACCAAGAAGGAAAUUCUGGCCAAUUGGAACAUGUUUGUGGGCAGCCAGGCAACCAAUUAUGGACGGCCGCCUGACUCUGUCCGAAGUGCUCGACCAAACAGACUACUUCAGGACGAGCACAAUCACUGACUAUGGAGGCAUGAGGGUGGAGGAGCACGACGAGCUGUGAAAAACAACUCCAACUGGACAAACCUCAUCUGACCCGACACUUAGAGCCCACCGUUAUUUUCCUCACGUUAAACAUUCAAACUGUACGAAGGCAAGUAAUCAUUCAGGAAGUGCUUGGCUUAAAAAUUUUUUUAUUUACCAUUUCAUUCAGAAAGGUCACUGCAUCCACUCAAAGAAAAAAAAAAAAAAAACACCCAGGAACUGUACGCUUACAGGUUGCAACGAGCUGCAGAAAUCUUCCACAGACGCAUCAGGCUUUGACACCUCAUUGAGCUGCUAAUGCCUCCUCAUCCUCACAUCCUCAUGCCUGCAUCACUGGACGGGCCUCUUUGGCUCUCAGGUCAACUCCAGAGCCUGCGAAGCCGGUUCCACCCUGGGAAGAAACACAGACAGCUGGAGCUCAGCUACACACAGACAAAGCUCUCACAGGGAGACAGAGGAACUCUGAACACUGCCUAAGGCUUCCUCAUCAAAUGUGUUACUGACUAUUUUUGUAACUCAAGGAAGAACAAUUAAAUUUCAUCCGACUGCUCUCUUUA